AGUCCGGGCUGGGAAAAAAACAACAUCAGGAAUCCCAGGCCUUAAGUAAAAAGCAAUAAAAGAAGUCAAAUUUCGAAACAAUCCCUACCCAAUUUGUUACGUUUUAUUAUCGGAAUAACUGACCUGCACAAACCAACAUGCCUCAGAACGAGCACAUCGAGUUACACCGUAAACGGCAUGGCUACCGCCUGGACCAUCAUGAGAAGAAGAGGAAGAAGGAGGGUCGUGAAGCCCAUGAGCGUUCACACAAAGCCAGGAAGAUGAUCGGUCUUAAGGCCAAACUUUACCACAAGCAGAGGCACGCAGAGAAGAUACAGAUGAAGAAGACCAUCAAAAUGCACGAGCAGAGGAAGACAAAGCAGAAGAAUGACGAGAAGACCCCCCAGGGAGCCGUGCCAGCAUACCUGCUGGACCGAGAGGGCCAGUCCCGGGCCAAGGUCCUCUCCAACAUGAUCAAGCAGAAGAGGAAAGAGAAAGCUGGUAAAUGGGAAGUGCCGCUGCCGAAGGUCCGAGCCCAGGGGGAGACGGAGGUCCUCAAAGUCAUCCGCACGGGGAAGAGGCAGAAGAAGGCAUGGAAGAGGAUGGUUACCAAAGUCUGCUUCGUGGGAGACGGAUUCACCCGCAAGCCGCCCAAAUACGAAAGAUUCAUCAGACCCAUGGGUUUACGUUUCAAGAAGGCUCACGUAACACACCCGGAGCUGAAGGCAACAUUUUGCCUGCCCAUUUUGGGCGUGAAGAAGAACCCAUCGUCGCCUCUGUACACCACCCUGGGGGUGAUCACAAAGGGCACGGUCUUGGAGGUGAACGUCAGCGAGUUGGGCCUGGUCACGCAGGGUGGCAAGGUCAUCUGGGGUAAAUAUGCACAAGUGACAAACAACCCAGAAAACGACGGCUGCAUUAACGCGGUUUUGCUUGUGUAAAUGAACUCUUGAUGAACUGUGCCAGGCGUACAGAGGCAAGGACUGGGUUUGACAUUGAACAGGACUUCAUGGUCAUCACCAUGUUGUGUGGACCACUACAGCUCUUAACAUCUGACAUGGAAUAUGUCACCAUGCUUUGACUAAGCAGUUAUUGCUGAGGAUAUGGAGGAAAUAAAGUUCUUUUUCCACA